AAUAAUUCCCCAAGAAUAAUUAAAAACAAAUGAGGGAAUAGACAAAUAGUCAUCGCUUCACCCUCUUUGCGUUGUCUGGGCCUUACCUCUGUCCUUCACACUCUUUCCUUCUUCAAAGUUUUUCUCUUUGUUCUCUCACUAUAAACUCUUGUAGAUUUAUCGAAGCUCAAACUCUUUUCUCUGUCUCCAUCUCUCAGGUUAAAGAACUAUUUGUAUAGCUGUGAGAAGACUAAGAGUGUUGUUGAAGAUGAAGAAGCCAUCAAGCAGAAGCCAAAGAGGGAGCAGAGGUAUCAAAGGGAAGCAUGUCCUGCAGAUAUGUGUUCUGCUUGGAGUUUGCAUCUGGUUAGUCUAUCAAGUGAAGUAUUCUCAUGAUAAGAAGAAGGAAUUCUAUGAGACAGAUGGCAAGAAGUUGUUAGAGAAGGAAGAUGGGUUGGUGAAGCUUGGGAGAAAAGAUCUUCUUCCCGGUUAUCAUAACCAGAACGAGAAGGAGAAACAUGUGGAAGAAGACGAGGAUGAAGAAGAGAAAGAGAGCAAGAGUAAAGUAGAGAAUGGUACUCAUGAGGAGGAGGAAGAGAAGGAAGAAGAUGAAGUAGCUGAGGAGGAUGACGAAGAUAAGAGCAAGCUAGGAGAGGAAGUAGGUGAAGAGGAUGAGGAUGAAAGCAAGCAUGAGGAAGAUGAUAUCGAUGAACAAGAUCAAAGUAAGACGGCUGGAGAUAAAGAUGAUGAAUCGCUUGAAGAAGAGAAGGAGAGUGAUGAGAAAGAAAAAGAAAAAGAGAGUAAUAAUGCAGAUGAGACUGAUAUGACCGUUGAUGAGGCGCGCGAGGAGCAUUACAAGGCUGAUGAUGCUUCCAGUGCAGUGUCUCAUGAGUCUCGGAUACUGAACACUGAGAAAUUAAAUGAAAGUUCUGAUAAUUCAACAGGAACAGCUCAGGAGAACAAUACUAAUGCCACUGUAAGCGAGGUAGAGGUUCAGAAGGAACCUGUCUUGAAGUUAGGAGAAGCUGUUGAAGAUGAAACAACCACAGAAGUGAAAGAUGGUGACAGUGAAUCCUCCACUUCCGAAGCAAAAAGCGUGGUGACUGAAUCCAGAGGUGAAACAACAGUCAAUGUGAAUUCAACAAAAGCAGUUCUUGAAGCUUCAGGGUAUCUGCAGAAUGAAACAAAAAUCAUGCAAGAACGGAGUCAAGAAGAUGGUUCACCUCCUUCUGAGUUACAGACUGUCAUCAAACUUGAGCAGACCCGUAAUGAGUCUGAUCCCAACGUCACUGUUUCUGCAAACGUUACCAACAUAGAUCCCAUUCAAGAUGAGUCCAGGAACUCGACUUCAGAUUCUUCUUUAAUUGAAAACAUCUCAGGCUCGAACACAACUGAGGUGAAGGAGAAUACAAGGUCUGAAGGUAGUGAUGAUGAAACAGUUGAAUAUAAGGAAAGUUCAAACCAGUUCUCCACAGAGCAAAAGGACGAAGUAGAUGAUACUCCUGAAAGCACAAUGUUGCAAGAAGAGAGAGAAGCUCUCACUGAUCCACAAACUCUGCCGGAUAUAAGAAUAGAAGGGAAUGAAGAAGAUGAAGAAGAAGUGAUCUCAGCAGAGUAAAAUGAAGCUGGAUAAGUUAUGUCUAUGGAGUUUUCUGCUUUUGUAGCUAUGUCUAGUAAAAGCUUAAAUGUAUGCCUGUCUCUGUUGGUUCCCCAAAACUGUAUAUUAAUCUUCAACUUUGGCUA